AAAUAACAGAUGUCAGCAAACUAAACUCUUUAUAACUAAUAAUGUACCAACUUGGAACAUAAGGCAUCAAUUACUAACUAUUGUGCUUGUAUUGACUGUCUGAGACCACUGUGUCCUGAGUGCAUCUAAGACCAUUACUAAUAUCACAUCUCAGCAAAGACACCAGCUGCAAUCUAAAGCAUUCUUAAUACAAGAACCAAUUGUGAAAGAAAGAUUGCAAAAGCAAUUGAAUAAUUGAGAAAAGUAAUUUAAUAAGAUUUCAUAAAAGGAAUAUGAAUAAUACGACAUUCAAUACAUUUUUAACCCUGAUGAAAUACUUACUCAGGAAAUCUCCAGGAUGAAUGAGGUCAAGUUGCAGAUGUUUGAAAUUAUCAACAUCUUUUUUAAAUAAUAAGAAAACCUUCUAGAAAACAAAGUGAAAGAAAAUCAAUUAAAAGUAAAUUCAUUAAUGAUCUUUCCAGGUUAGAAACAUCGGAGGGAUAUUCUAAAAGAUAGAAUCAGUAAUUCAACAACUGGAACUCUUAAGAAAUAGUCUUCUGACUAGCUCAGAUCCUUUUACCCACUUUCAUAAGGCGUGCAGACUAGACGUUAAAUCUUUGCUUGAUCGAUAUAAAUCUGAUUUGAAGAAAUCUAUUAAAUCCAAAGAAUUAGGCAAUUAAAAUUAUUUAUUUCUUAGAUCCCAUCAACGUUCACAUUGAUGAACACAAACUAUUCAAUCUUAAAACGGAAUUAAAUAAAAUUGUCAUUAUUCAAACUGUCGAUCAUGAAGAUGCCAAUGAAAAUCUUUCUGUUCUAUCCAAAAAUAAUAAGGAUUAAAGUAUCAAUUACAGUGUACAUGGCCUCUACGGAUAGUAGGCUAACACUGUUUAGAAUGAAC